AUGGCAGGCGCUCAAACAUCGCCCAACUCCCAUCCGGACCAAUACCCUCUACAGCCCAAUGUGGAAUUUAUAUUUACCUCUGACGAGAGCUGGUCUCACAUCGAGGAUAUGGCCCUGCGAAGACGAAUUCAGAACAAAGCCGCUCAACGAAGAUAUCGCCGCAAAAUAAGAGAACAAGCAGCAUCCACAGCGGGGCAUCGGAUUCCCGUUCCUUUAACGAUGGAGCCUCCCCCCGAUCUGCCUUGGUAUCCCAAUUCUGCACAGGGGCCGAAUACGACAAGAACGAGAGAGCACACUCCGGCGCUAUCAUGGAACCCGGAAACAAGUGCAUUUCGCAACGGGACGCCGAGUGAGCCAUGGCAGUACCAGGGACAGGAUGAUUUACUUUUCCCUCCGUCGGGUGACCUCUCUCGUCCGUCAUCGGCAUCGUCUUGCUUCAGUGCAAACGCAUUUUCUCAAGACGCGGGCUAUUUGGAUCAAACCGAGCGGGGUUUUUACGGGGCACUGCCUAUUGACGAUCCGUUCCUUGCCGUCGGGGUACCCGAACGUAAUUUCCAGUCAUCGCCUCUUCCGCUGUGUUCAAAAGAUACAAAUGCAGACCGCUUAGCGAAGCGCAUUAAGAAGACACUGGACGAACUAUCUCUACUGUACGACAUUGGCAUUGAACUGGAGCUGGUACCCCAGGAUAACGAUAUGUUUACUCAGUUGGAGAGUCUAAAGAAAGCGUUUUGUAAGGCCAUGAAGGUGGCAUGA